AUGCUCAUCUCACAAGUACUAUUGGCGCUGGGUGGAGUGAGUUUUGGCUCGGCGCAUUUCAUAGUUCCCAACGAUGACCAGGAUAUGUCCGGUCUCACGGUCAACUCGAUCCCAGCAGCGAAACGAGUCGAGUACAUGCAAAAGGCGAACGAGGCGCUCUUCCGGCAAAGCGGACCUUGCCCCUUUGCCGCAUUUGGAACCAUCAUCGUCAACCACACCAGCGACGAAGUUGUCUGCGAGGGAGCAAAUUUCCGAACUGGCGACCCUACUAUUCACGGAGAGAUCUCAGCCAUCAACGCAUGCACAGCCAAGUUCGCUGAACAGGGCAUGACGCCAACACAGAUCUAUGCCGCAUGGGGAGAGCUAUCAAUCUACACAAACGCUGAGUCGUGUCCGAUGUGCGCGAGUGCAAUUCGAUGGGCGGAAUACGUCUAUGGCACAACGAUUCAGCACAACUACAACGUCGGCUGGGGUGUUAUGACUCUCAGCAGUUACGACGUUUUCCAGCAAUCUCGCCAGCUGCCUGGUUACCAAACGUCCAUGAUCGGACAGAUCCUCACAAACGAGACGGACCUUCUCUUCUCAUGGCAGUACAACGCGAGCGCGCCUUGCCCGAACGAUUGCUUUCGUGUCCCAAGCGCGACUCGAGGCGGAACGACCUGCUCCAAUGUUACUGUCUCUCGAAGGGACUAUGAGGCGCUGUAG